GCCUUUAAAAUCUUCGUCCCUUGAUACUCGGCCGUGAUUUGAUAUUACAAAGUCGGGUCAAAUUUAGUCUGCCCCCAAUAUUUUUCUUUACUGACAGGAAUACCCAAACUCUGCGGUCGGUCUUCGUCUGAAAAAUGGCUAUCGCUUCAUUUAUCGGAAGAGUAUUGUUCGCAUCGGUUUUUAUUCUUUCCGCCUGGCAAGAGUUCAACGAUUUUGGCAUUGAUGGUGGGCCUGCAGCAAAAUCAUUGGAACCAAAGUUCAACAUCUUCUCAAAGCACGUGUCAACUCAUACUGGGUUGCAAGUUCCAGAAGUUGAAAUCAAGUAUUUAGUUGCUGCUGCUAUAGCAUUGAAGGGUGUUGGAGGCCUUCUUUUCAUCUUUGGAAGUUCUCUGGGAGCUUAUCUUUUGCUUCUGCAUCAGGCUAUUGCUACUCCUAUUCUAUAUGAUUUCUACAACUACGAUGCUGACAAGAAGGAAUUCAGUCAAACCUUUUCAAAGUUUACACAGAGCUUGGCACUUUUUGGGGCUUUGCUCUUUUUCAUUGGUAUGAAGAACUCAAUGCCAAGGAGACAACUGAAGAAAAGGGCUCCCAAAACCAAAACUUUUUAAAGAGAUAUAUUCUGUCAUGCCCGGGUGUAGUUUCACGGUCGAUAUCGGACUCUUUCCUGGAUGUAGUCCAGGAUCUAGUUUUGUAUGCUUCAAUGUUUGAAUCAGGUUUUUUUGUCUUUAAAUUAGGUAAAAAAGUUGUUGUUAUUACCAAGCCAAAUUAUUGCUAUUGAUCUGAAUUUAGAGAGAUUUGUCUUGGUUAAUCAAUCAUGGGAAGCGGAUUUGAUGAAGUUGACCUGAUUUAAUUGACUUAUUUCAUGCGUUGCAA